AAAACACACAUCGCUUUUGCACAUGAACUGUGGUCGCUCACUGGAGGCAGCUCGCUGUGGACUCGUGCACGCUGAUCCGUGUCGCGCGCUCAGUCUCUCAGCGCGUGGAAGCAGCAGCAGCACUGAAGAGCGACGACGGGCAGCAUUUCGCCAUUCAGCUUGGUUCACGUUUCUUUCGCAGGAUUAUUACGCCGAAUCGCACCGAGGCUUGAUCGAGAGCGGUUUCUCUGAAUGCUGUGAUGAGUUCCUGAGAGCUUCGUUCUCCCCGGCUGGGUGUCUUGAGAGAGCAAGGGCUCUGUUGACAGCAGUGGCACCAAGAGAAGCAAACACUGACGACGGGCCAUGGCUAGCGCAGCAGACGGCAUCGGCAGUUUGGGAACCGAACAGAGCCACAUCACUGUUCCCGUGGCCGAUCCCGGCGCCUGGGCCACUGCCAUGAACAACCUGGGCAUUGUGCCGAUGGGCUUAGCCGGGCAGCAGCUGGUCUCAGACUCCAUCUGUAUACAGGGUUUUGACCCCAACCUUGGCAUCAUCACCCCAAUCAAUCCCAUGAUGGCUGGCAUCAGUCUGGUCCCGCCCCAUCCUGUGGCAGCAGAACUUCCUGUUAUUAAGGAAAUCAUCCACUGCAAGAGCUGCACACUUUUCCCGCAGAAUCCCAAUCUUCCUCCUCCCUCCACGAGAGAGAGACCUCCAGGGUGCAAGACAGUGUUUGUUGGUGGCCUUCCGGAGAAUGCAACAGAAGAGAUCAUCAAAGAAGUGUUUGACCAGUGUGGAGAGAUUGUUGCCAUCCGCAAGAGCAAGAAAAACUUCUGCCACAUUCGUUUUAGUGAGGAGUUCAUGGUGGACAAGGCCCUCUACCUCUCUGGCUAUCGGAUGCGCAUUGGCUCCAGCACUGAUAAAAAGGAUUCAGGCCGAAUACAUGUAGAUUUUGCUCAGGCGAGAGAUGACUUGUAUGAGUGGGAGUGCAAACAAAGAUUGCUGGCACGAGAGGAGCGGCACCGACGGAAAAUCCAGGAGGACCGUCUGAGACCUCCAUCACCUCCUCCCAUAAUGCACUACUCUGAACACGAGGCAGCUCUUUUGGCUGAGAAACUGAAAGAAGACAACAAAUUCAGUGAGGCAUCGGCAGUGCUGUUCACAUGGAUCGACAGAGGCGAGGUGAACCGACGCUCAGCGAACCAUUUCUACUCCAUGAUCCAGUCAGCGAACAGCCACGUGCGGCGCCUAAUGAACGAGAAAGCUCAGCACGAGGAGGAGAUGGAGCUAGCCAAAGAACACUUCAAGAAUUCCCUGCUUGCCAUCCUCACACAAUUUGAGCAGAUUACGGCUGUGUUCACCGCUGCCACCAGGCAAAAGGCAUGGGACCAUUUCUCAAAAGCGCAGCGCAAGAACAUAGACAUUUGGCGAAAGCAGUGCGAGGAGCUGAGAAAUGCUCACAGUGAAGAGAUCAUGGGAAUACGAAGAGAAGAGGAAAUGGAGAUGUCAGAUGAAGACCUGGAAGAAAACCCCUGCAAAAAGAUGAGAAUGGAGGACACGGUGCUGUCUGCGCAGACGUGUGCUCUGCGGGAGGAAAACGACAGUCUGCGCUGGCAGCUGGAUGCUUACAGGAACGAGGUGGAGCUGCUGAAGAAGGAGCAGGGCAAGAUGUACCGAACCGAGGAGGAUCACACGCAGGAACAACAGCUGCACUUCCUGCAGCAGACCAUGCAGAACAUGCAGCAGCAACUGCUUCGGCUCCAGGAAGAGCUGAAAGGGAAGGAGCUGGAGCUGGAGCAGGCCAGAGAUGAGCAGCACUACCUAGAGGGAGAGGUCCUCAGCCUCAGGGAAAAGCUGUUGAAUGCCAUGGAAUCAGUAGACUUGUCAAACCACAACUCUGAAGGCCAUGAAAAGGGAGUCAAUGGCACUGCGGCACUCUACCACCAUCGAGAGAAGAAUAACGACGCGGUCAUUUGGGGUCCUUUGAGAUCAGAGAAAGAGGCUCUCUUGCUCGGAAUCAUAUCAACCUUCCUCCACGUCCACCCAUUUGGAGCCAACAUUGAAUAUCUGUGGUCUUACAUCCAGAGACUUGAUACAAAGAUCUCGGCCAGUGAACUUGAAAGACUAAUGGUCCGGUUGCCCAACAUGUUCAAGCAGGAGUUCAGUGGCGUUGGAGCGACACUGGAGAAACGCUGGAAGUUCUGCGGAUUUGAGGCUCUUAAAACGGUGUGACUUGCAGAGCACCAUGCACAUACACUGAGGCUUCUGGACCUCUGGAGGACUGAUCCAGAGUCAGCGACAAGAGCCAGAGCCUCACAGACACAAACAACAGGCUCUACACCCCAUACCGCCUCAGAUCCGAUGGCUGCCGCUCUCCAGAGGAAGUGAGACUCUACGUGCGGCGCCACAUCUGAUGUAUUUACUUGGAAAAGCUCUUUCCAGACUUCUGUACCGAUUGCGUAACUUAUCUGUCAGUGGCGUCGUCCCUGAAGGCUGGGAGAUAUCCAGGAAUAUCGCGCCUCUCGGUUAAAAAUACGGAAUACUGAAUAUGGGACACAGAUGUGUGAUAGCGGCCCUCUGCGCCCAUCAAAGCCAGACUGUGUGUGAAGACGAUUUCUGCUCUGAAAAAUGAUUUAAUUCAAGGCCAAAGUGCUGGAGCUGAUAGACAACAGAUGCACAGCUGAAGCUCUUUGGACAGUUUGCUGUGUUUCAGGCCUUGCUUGUUGUGUAGAUGAUGUAUGUAACUAUGUAACAUGCUCUUUGUGUCUUGAUGCACUGUUGUUAAAGUUCUGCUUAUAUAAAUUAUGAUUUUUAAAAAAAUCAAUUAAAAACUUUUUAUCCAAAAUCGGAUGUAGUUAGUCGGUGCUAAAUUUACUACAAUAUUAAAAAUAAAGGUUCCAAAAGGAGGUUUUGGGUUGACCAGAGAACAUUUCAGUAAACAAUUCUUAUAAGAACUUAUUUUAAAUAUCUUAAAAAAAAACAUUUUCCAUCAUAAAUUACCUUUUGUGGAAUGGGAUGGUAAAGCUUCUUUAUUGGAACAAAGAUGCCAAUAAAGAACCUUUAUUUUUAAGUGUUAAUAGCGAAAUUGAAAACAAAACAUUUUGUUGUUGUUUUGGAAGAAUUUUGUUGUAGUUUUGGACUACCAAAAUUCCAUAAAUGUCAUUCCAGUUCAACAACCUAUGGGAGUGCCCAAUUUGAUUCAAAUUCACCCUUGUGAAUUGAAAGGCAACCAGUUUGUAAAUUCUGGAUUUUGCCCAACCCCGUUCCCGUCUGUGUCUCUAGAUCUGUCAAAGCUGCCUCGUAGUGUUGUUUCUGUCAUGUUUUUUUGAUUCAUGUCUGGGAUAAACAACUGAAUGUGGAGCAGAACUUCCUUAAUCACCCAGAAUAUAACAAGCUGUUAAUAAUGAAUGAGAGGGGAGGAGAAUGCUGCUCUGUGUGUGUUUAAUGUGAUCUAUUUGCUAUUUACAUCAGCCACUGAGAUGCUGUUAGCAACAUAGUAGUGCAUUUGAGACCGCCUGAGCCAUUUGCAUUGUUGCUUGUACCAUCACUGCCAUUAUUUGAGAGUGUUACAGGAAGGAUUAAUGAUCAUGGUUCCCUUUAAGACUCAUAGGGCAGCUGCACUUUUAAAGGCCCCAUUUUGCUGCAAAUGCAAUGUUAAAGAGUGAAAAAAAUCAAUUAUGACUUUAUUAAAUAAAAAAGAACUGGAACCCCUCUACCAGAGCUAGAAUCUCCAAUGUGUGCCUUUGCUGGCAGCCGUCAUACUCCAAAUGUCUUAAUAUUCUGUCAGAAAUUCUGGGCUGCACCCAUGUGUAAACAUUGCAAUGGCAUUUUUAGCAUGACUGACAAAAUGUUAAAGAAAAGCUUUGGCAAAAACAAAGCAGUUGUCAGAUGGAUUAUGAAAAUCAAUUGACCAGUGUUUUUAAAAUGCAAUUAAAAAUGUUCAACGUCAAAAAAGUAGCAAUAUAAUUUAAAAAAAGCC